AUGUCGGAGCAAACGUACUUUACAGACGCGGGCCUGGCCAGCGAGUUCCGCACGGACCUGACAAAGUGGCGACUGGAUGUCGACAAUGGGCGGCAGGUGUGGACAUACCUCAGCGACGAAGACGCCGAGAAGCGGCCGCAGAGCUUUCUGGAGAAGUACUGGCUGGGCCUGGCCGUCGAUAUGCCCGAGCUGCCACACGCGCGGCGGCCAUCCGAGGCGAUCAAGAACGGCUGGGAGUUCUUCAAGCGCCUGCAGACCGACGACGGGCACUGGGGCGGCAACUACGACGGGCCGCUGUUUGUCACGUGCGGACUGGUAAUCGCCUCGUACAUCUGCGGCCUGACAAUCGGCGAGAACCAGAAGCGCGAGAUGUGCCGGUACCUGCUGAACCGGGCGAAUGCAGGACGGCGGCUGGGGGCUGCACACCGAGGGCAAGACCAUGCGGCGCUGGUGCAGGCGCGCGCGCGGCUGCAUGAGCUGGGCGGGGCGUGUGCGAUCCCGUCGUGGGGCAAGUUCUGGCUGAGCGCACUGGGCGUUUACGAGUGGGAGGGCAUGAACCCGCUGCCGCCCGAGCCCCUGCUGCUGCCGUCGGUGCUGCCGCUGAACCCGGGCAACUGGUGGGUGCAUACGCGCGCGGUCUUUGUAGCGAUGUGCUACACAUACAGCCUGAAGCGCUCUAUGCCCCUGAAUGACCUGACGCGGUCGCUGCGCCAGGAGCUCUAUGACCAGCCGUACGAGCAGAUCGACUGGCGGGCGCAGCGCGACAACGUCAGCUCCGCCGACCGGUAUGUGCCGAAUACGCUGCUGCUUCGAGUCUUCAACCGCGCGUUGGGCGUCUACGAGGACUGGAAGCCGCAGUUCCUGCGCCGCAUGGCCAUGAGGGAGGCCCUGUUCCAGAUCGAAAUGGAGCUGAAAAACACACACUUUUUGUGCAUCGCGCCGGUGAACUUUGCGGCCAACCUGCUGGCCAUCCACUAUGCGCACGGCAACGACAGCCACUGGAUGCGUGGCAUGCGCGAGCGCAUCCCUGACGUGCUGUGGAUGUGCCGCGAGGGCCUGGCGGCCAGCGGCACCAACGGGUCGCAGCUGUGGGAUACGGCGUUCAUGGAGAACCGCGAGCACAUGCUGCGUGCGCUGCAGUUCCUGGAGAGCUCGCAGAUCCGCCAGGACCCGGAGCUGAUGGGGCGCACGUACCGGCAGGCGACCAAGGGCGCGUGGCCGUUCAGCACGCGCGACCAGGCGUACACUGCCACCGUGAUGCUGCAGCAGGGGAGCUUUUUGCCAAAGCUGGUCUCGGAGGAGCGCCUGUACGAGGCGGUGGACCUGCUGCUGGGCAUGCAGAACUGGGGCGGCGGCUUUGCGUCGUACGAGCGCGUCUUUGGCAACAUCAUGGUGGAGUACACGUACCCGGAAUGCACCACGUCGGUGGUGCUGGCGCUGACCACGUUCCGCAAGCAGUACCCGGACUACAAGCCGCACAAGAUCCAGAAAUGCAUUGACAGCGCCACCAAGUGGGUGGUCAAUAGCCAGCGCCCCGACGGCUCGUGGUAUGGCUCGUGGGGCGUGUGCUUCACGUACGCCGCCAUGUUUGCGCUGCAGAGCCUUGGCGGCAUGAAGGGAUGUGCGUUCCUGGUCGACCGCCAGAACGAGGAUGGCGGCUGGGGCGAGGCGUUCGAGAGCUGUCUGCAGCACAAAAAGGGCGUUAUCUUCUUGAUGAAGCGCCAGCAGCCCAACGGCGAGUGGCUGCAGGACGCGACUGAGGGCGUCUUCAACCACUCGUGCGGCAUCCGCUACCCGAACUACAAGUUCGUCUUCCCCAUCUGGGCUUUGGGCCGCUAUGUCGAGCUCUACGGCGACCUGCCGCUUAUCGAGUAG